AUGUCUAUCUUGAUUAUUGAAACUGUGGAGAAGAAAACCAAUGCUUCUGAGCACGGGGACAAGAAGCCAGCUCCCUCCAGCCGCCAACUAGUCCGAAUCAUUACCGUCCUCUACCGCAAAGGCGGCCUCCGUCUUCUCCUGAAUGGCAUCGAUUCCGCCUGUACCUACUGGGCGAUGCACUCCUCGGUAUCAAAAUUAUCAAGCAUCCUACUUCCCAGUCCGGUCGCGUAUAUCAUCGCAUCAGUCCUGCUCGCCGAGAAGCAUUUCUUCUGGACUGCGCGCACCAUCCUUCCGCGUGAUCAGCUGCACCUCGUGCCCGAACCCCGUGACUGGCAACGAUGGAAAGCCUUAGUGAUUCCCACUUUGGUCUAUGCCGUAGUCGAAAUGGUGAUGAUGCAUGUGCCGGCUCUAUUUGAUAGCGACCUCACCGGACCGGACGAGGAAGUUGCUAGAGUUGGACUGUCGUACAUUGUGGGAUCUGACAUCCUGAUAGCCGGGUUGAUGCUUUUUGCCCAGCUGUUUCUCCUCUUUCCCUCUUAUAUAGUGUUGAUCCUGGCCCACGCGAGUCUUCUGCCGCCCGACUGCGAAACACUGGUCUUUAUCCCGAGAGAGAAACAGCGGGGCAGACGGGCGGGGGAGAUAUUUGCGGUUGACAGAGGACCUCUACGAGCACAGGAGGCGGUGCAGAUGGUUGGGGUGGCACGGUUGCUCUGCUGUCUAGAACUGCAUGGGAAGAUGUGUUUAUGUUUGUUUGGGGUUGCCGCUGUGGUGCAUUCGGUAGUCUACUCUAUGAAGUAG